CCCGAGAGGAACAUUAAUGAGCAUGACAGCACUGUCCAUAUUUCACAGAACGAGCAGCAAAAGCAAAAUGAACAGGAAAGACAGGAUGAGACGAGAGUAGGAUCAAACCGGUGUUCUGCCAAAAUGUGCUACACCGGCGAAAUGCGCUACAGGUGGCGAAUUUGACAUCCAAAGUACUACCGUGUGCUUUCAGCUUGUUUUGUUUAGAUGCAUACAGACAGAACAUACUCAAGAUGCAUUAGAAAAUACUUAAAUGUAGUAAUCUCAAAUGAGGGUGGUUUAAAUACGCUACGUGACGAAUGUGGUCAGCAGAUCAACGAUCUGCUUUAAAGCUACCACAAAAAAACACAAUGCUUAAGAGUAUGAGAGAGAAACGCAUGCAAAAAGUAUUUUUAGGCAAUGAAAAGGUAAUACAAUACUCAAUAAAAACACAUAGUUAGUAUUCGCUGCUUUUAACAGAUGUGCGCAUGUGUUGGACGUCAGAACAUCGGUAGUGUUCGUCUGGUGACAGCGACAAACUACGUCAUCACGCCGAGCAUCCAUUGCGGGCAUAAAACAUGGCGGCCUCCAUAGGUCAAAAUAUGUACUAAAUAUUGUAGGUUUUUAAAUCAAUGACAGUAUUUUAUGUGUUUCUAAUAAAUAUUUCAGUAAAAGAGAAAAAAUGUAGCUUAUUAGAGCCUACAAGUCUUUAAGUCUGAGGUUACCUUUAAGACAUUAUCUUGUUUGCAUGAUGAUAUCUUAAUGUUUGCUUCCCGUGAAGCCUAGCCUCAUGUUUUUCUACUGGCGGUGUUUAUUUCCGCUAUUUCCAGUGGUCUUGUAAUGUUGCAUAGUGUAAAACAUACUUUUUUUUUUACCAAUAUCCAUGUAAACCUUAUUUUGUUGCUUUGUAGCCCUUAAAAAAUACUUAAAAACCUGUUUUUUGACCCAAUUAAGAUCUUCUACAAUUGAUGUGAUUGGGCCUGAUUUCUGAUCAUGUGAUCCGAUCGGAGACGACCUUCACCCCUACUGCUGGGAAGGAUCAAUCCCAAUGUGGAGGCAAUUGCUUCUGAGGGGUCUGGCUCGGGUGGGGGCCCCGAGUUUUCACUUCCAGAGACAUUUUGCCUCCGCAUUUGUGGGUCCCCUGACUCAUAUCAGAGCUCCAAGGGCUUUGUGGGCAUUCAAAUUGCGGGACACGGGUGCCUCCUUUUGCAGGGGUUACAAGAAAGAUGCCAAAUCCACAGUGGAGUUUCUGGAGAGCCCCGUCACAGUCACCGACAUCAGGCAGUACCUACGCUCCAAGGACGUGCCUUUCCACGAUGGUUUCAGUUGCCUGCACGCGCCCAGCAUUUUUGUGGACGCCGCCACCAGGGCCGAGCGCUUUUCCCUGUUCGUGGACAAGACCACCGGGCAGUUCCUAUGCAUGGAUACACAGGUGGAGGGGAGCUGGGAAGACCUCCAGGACUGCCUGGAGGUCAUGCAAGCGGAGGAGCAGGAUUUCCUCAGCCCGCAAGUGCUGCUGGGAUUCCCGGAAAGUGCCGAGGAGCGGGAGCAGAGCGAGAGGGAUGCCAGGGAGGUGAGAAGCAUCUGGUCCACCUCGGUGCCUUUCUCGGAGUUGACGGAGGAUGAGGCGCAGCUCGUCAAAACCAUGUUCCAGAUUACAAAGAUCACCAACGCAACACUGAAGAAGUUUGGCGUGAGGCUUUUCAAGCCUACCAAGAGUCUUGUUUUCCCUUGGCUGGGUGGUCCCGAUGCCUCCUUGAAGGGGCUGAAGCUUCUCUCAGCGCAAAGCGUGGACGACGGAGAUGGCGUCGGUUACAAUGAGGCGAUGGUUCCAAAGUGCAGCUCCUACAACAACCUCUUUGGCCUCGCCUCGCUGAGCCGCGCGGACUCCGACAUAGUCGUGACGGGCCGUGAGUUGGACACGCUGGCUGUCAGCCAGGCCACAGGGCUGGCCAGCGUGGCCCUCCCGCGGGGCGUUAGUUGCCUGCCUCCCGCCCUGCUUCCCUACCUGGAACAGUUCAAGCGUGUUACUUUAUGGUUGGGCGGGGACGUACGAUCCUGGGAGGCUUCCAAGAUCUUCUCUCGCAAGCUUGGCCUGCGGCGCUGUCGACUGGUGCGGCCCGGGGAGUACCGACCCUGUCCCGGGGAGGCCCUGGCGCAGGGCAAGAACUUGAGCCGCAUCGUGGCGACCGCCAUCCCCGCCGCGCACAAGUCCAUUGUGUCCUUCAAGCAGCUUCGUGAAGACGUAUAUGGGGAGAUGGUCAACACGGAGCAGGUAGCUGGCGUGAGGUGGGCUCGCUUUCCAGAGCUUAAUAGAAUCCUGAAGGGACAUCGCAAGGGAGAGCUCACGGUUUUCACAGGUCCUACUGGAAGCGGAAAGACCACCUUCAUCAGUGAGCUGGCCCUGGACCUGUGCACGCAGGGCGUCAACACGCUAUGGGGAAGCUUUGAGAUCAACAACGUGCGUUUGGCCAAGAUCAUGUUAACGCAGUUCGCCAUGCAACGGCUGGAGGACAACUUGGAGCACUACGACUACUGGGCGGACAAGUUUGAGGAGCUACCACUCUACUUCAUGACCUUCCAUGGCCAGCAGAACAUCAAGUCGGUGCUGGACACCAUGCAGCACGCAGUCUAUCUCUACGACAUCAACCACGUGGUUAUCGACAACCUGCAGUUCAUGAUGGGACAGGAGAACCUCUCGGUUGAUAAGUUUGCCGUCCAGGACCACAUUAUCGGCGCGUUCAGGAAGUUUGCAACCAACUCCGGCUGCCACGUCACGCUCAUCAUUCAUCCAAGGAAGGAGGAGGACGACCGAGAGCUGCAGACGGCCUCCAUAUUUGGUUCAGCAAAGGCCAGCCAAGAGGCAGACAACGUGCUAAUCCUACAGGAAAAGAAGCUGGUGACCUGCCCGGGCCGCCGCUCGUUGCAAGUGACCAAGAACCGCUUUGACGGCGACGUAGGUGUCUUUCCACUGGACUUCAUCAAGGCCUCGCUCACCUUUUCCACACCCGUCAAAGGCAAACACAAGCUGAGAAAGGUCGCCGCUAAGCCAGAGGAGGACGAGGGUGACGAAACACCCCCAAAGAAGGACGCUGCCAAACGAGAGAAGGCGGACAAACAGCAAAGCAAAACACCAAAGUCCACGCGAGCUGCUAAGAAUCCUGCAACGGGAAGUGAAUGAAUGUGAUUGACAAACUAAUUAAUCUUAAUCGUGCUUUAACUACAGUAGACCAUCACAAUGUGACUACGUACUACUACUGUAACAUUUUAUAGACUGACAAACAUGCACAUAUUUUUAAUAAAUAUUUCAUAUUGAGACUGCUCUUUUUUUCAAUGUCUAAUGUCAGAUUUUCAACACCCAAACCAUUCCUCAUGGAUGUCGCACAUUUGAGAUGUUUGAAGAUACUAAUCCUUGAUUAGCAGACACAUCAAAACCACAUGUCCCACAACAGCUGCGGAGCUGGAAUGACUUUGAAAAUGCGACGGAGUCCGCUGACGCCCAUCUAGAAUUUUCACUUCCUGUACAGGAAAAGAUAAGAUCAACAGCAUGUAAACUGCAUUCAUUUGGAGUCUUUAAAUGGCAUCAGACGGAACUAAUGUACUGUAAGCGAGACACGUUAAAUGCUUAACACUUUCAGGGACAGUCAAAUUUUGCUGCUUUGAUGAUUUGUUUAAUUAGAGUGGCGUUGUAAUGGUUUGUUUUGAAAGUAUAUGCAUUCAGUUUUGUUGAUUUGGGUGGAUACACUAGUGGCAACAGUGAUAUGACAUAACUCGUCUCACGGCUAAAUCCAACUGCUCACCUGUUAUGGCCAAUAUAAGGUUGUAAGUUUUGUUUAGUUUGAGCUAAUGUGUUUGUUUAUGCAUUUGUAUUUUAGUUUAGAAGAAUAUUUAGAUUUUUUUGUGGGAAUACGUGUUUGAACGAUUUGUUAAGAGUUUUGUAUGUUAAAAAAAUUAAAUAAAUUAGGAUUUUAUAGCAUUUAAGCUAGCAGACUUUUGCCAUCCAAGUUAGCUAAUUGUUCUUUUGUUGUACUGUACUUCGAUCCUCGUUUAUUUUAACA